AUGGACUCUCUGUACCCGCAAGCAGCAUAUGCGGAAGACCAACCGAAUGCACAAGCCAUCCUCUACAUCCACGUAAUGCGCGCAUCGGCAAUGACCUUCACCUUCUUCUCACUGGCUCGCAUUCCGAUCACACUCAUAGGAAGUCGCGUCCGCGGACUACCUGUCAACAUGUCUGCCUUGGUUGCACGAACUCUUCAAUCAUCAGGACGUGCUUUUAUAGCAGGCUCAGCAGUCGGCGCAUUCAUGACAUGGGGACGUAUGCGAGGCCGGGAAGAUAUUGAAUGGCAAGACCGAUCGUGGAGAAUACUACGGAACAAGGGAGAAGUCAAGACAGAUUGGGUGACGAUGGGAGGUAUGGGUGCUGGAGCUGCCGCUGGGAUAUUUGCUGCCAGAAGGGGAGUGUUACCCGUUAGUAUUGGAAGAUCGGCGCUUGAAGGUGGUGCUGCUGGUGCAUCUGUUGGUAUACCUUUCAUGAUUGCGACAUAUAUGAUGGGACGAAAACCUGCAUAA